GCGGAACGAUGUAAACACCAACUGUGCACUCCUUCAGUUUACCUUCAGUCAAGGGUUAUUGCUUAGAUUAGUUAGCUACAUCUCAUGCUAGCUCAACUAUAAAAAAAAAAUGUCUCCGUAGCGUAUGAAACAAAAAUGCAAAAUGCGAUGCUAUCUUCAUGCAUUUCUUCUGUGCAUGCUCUUUACCUUCUUUUCACUGUUGUAUGUAUUCAGUCAACUAGCCUCCACCUUGGAGGACAGAGACGAGUGGGACCUCAGGGAACAGGGUGUAGCCGACAAGAGCAGUCACGACAAAGGGCACUUUCUCAGGAAAAGGCCCGGAUCGACAGGCCUUCGACACCAUGGAGAAGAACUUGACAGGUGUAAGUCAGUUUCUUACUGGAGUCCAUAUUGGAGACUGCCUGCCGAUGUUUGUGGAGUGAACUACUUAAUGGAACCGUCUCCUGGAGAGAGAUCUGUCAAGGUUGUUGAUGAGUGGAGUCACCUGGCUGUGGUGGCUUGUGGCCCCAGGCAAGAGGAAACUCUCACCAUGUUGAAGUCUGCCCUGCUCUUCAGCAAAAAACCUCUGCACUUUUACAUCUUCGCAGAGGAUGAACUCCAUGACAGCUUCAGAAGUGCUAUGGACUCCUGGCCACAGAUGGUUCACAUGAAGUUUAAGUUCACCAUCUUUCCCAUUACUUUUCCCAAAGAGAAUGCAAAAGAGUGGAAGAAGCUCUUCAAACCUUGUGCUUCUCAGAGGCUUUUCCUCCCAUUAAUCCUGAAGAAUGUGGAUUCUUUGCUGUAUGUGGACACAGAUAUUCUUUUUCUCCAACCGGUAGAGGACAUCUGGGCACUGCUUUCUCAUUUUAAUUCAAGCCACUUGGCUGCCAUGGCUCCAGAGCAUGAGGAGCCACGCAUCGGCUGGUAUAACCGCUUCGCCCGUCACCCUUUCUAUGGCAGGACAGGCGUAAACUCAGGGGUCAUGCUUAUGAACAUGACACGCCUCAGGGAGAAUUUUUUUAAGAAUGAUAUGACAGCAGUCCCUUUACGCUGGGAAGAAAUGCUGAUGCCCCUUCUUCAGAAGUAUAAACUCAAUAUCACCUGGGGUGAUCAGGACCUCCUUAACAUCAUAUUUCACCAUAAUCCAGAAAGCCUGUAUGUUUUCCCUUGUCAGUGGAACUACCGUCCAGACCAUUGUAUUUAUGGCAGCAACUGUCAACAGGCUGAACAGGAAGGUGUCUUCAUUCUCCAUGGUAACAGGGGAGUUUUCCAUGAUGACAAGCAGCCAGUUUUUCGAGCAGUCUAUGAGGCCAUCCAAAAGUACCAGUUUGGCGAGAACAUGGAGAAGUCCCUGCUUCAGCCUCUGGAAACAUCGCUGCAAACCACGACACAUACCUACUGUGGAAGGAGCAGCCAUUUGUUUACCAAGAGGCUAAAACAGAGCAUCAUGUCUGUUCAACAUUAGGUCAUACCAAGAUGAUGAUGAUGUCAACACAACCUGUGGUGAGAGUCUGAUGUGACACUCUGGAAGGGAGACUUUGGUUUAUGAUACUCCAGUGGAAGCAUUGAGCUGGGUGACGCGCUCAGGUCGAUGAUGAAACAUUAGCUGUUGACAAAUGUGGAAAGACUGGAAAUGUUCAAGUUUUAUCAAGUUUGCAGGUUUAGUCUUUAACUUAUUAAAUCACAGCCAGGAUUGGUACAUAUGUGUCCAGUGACAUAAACCCAGUCACAGUAACUGUGUAACCAGGUAGAAAAUGCACUGAAUCCACUUUGACUUGCAAAGAUUUUUAAACUACGUAGUUGAAGAAAACACUUUAGAAAGUCAUAUUUUCCAGACAAUCAGGUUCUGAUAUUUUUUAUUUCAGAGAAAACCUACAAUAACUUUGUGCCCGUGAUUUUCAGGUACUUGAUGUGGUAUUUUUUUACCAUGAUUUAUUGUUACAGGUUUUUUAAUAUAUAUCUGUAACAUACACUUCCUGGCCAAAAAUAAUGUCCGCUCUUGGAUUUACUGAGCAAAUAGUUCAGAUUCUUCCAUUGGAUAAUUACUACAGUGAAGUGAUUAAUGUGUUUCAACAUGUUCCAAAUUUUUUAACUCUAAUGGAGCUUGUUUACAUUACCAUAAAAGUCCGAUAAGUGGGAGUAAUCGGAUAACUUUAAUAAUCAGAUCUAGUGCAUUUACAUGCACGUAAGAAGUGCGAUAAUCGAAAAAACCCUGGUUUAGACCCUCCAGUCCAUUAUCGAUUUCUUUCGGAGUAUGUACUACAUAGUGAUGGUAGACUUAAACUUCCUUUUGUCCUCUGCUCACACCACUUGUAACUUCCAUUCUCUAUGUUUUUAAUUUUGUUUACACAUGCGCAGAUGUAAAAGAAUUAAAUAAAUCAGAUUAACCUGUAUACAUGCAGAAAGAUAUUGGUGUAUCUGAUAAAGCAUAUCAGAUUAUUCUGUUUACAUGGUUACUUGAAUAGUCUGAUAACUCCAGAAAUCGGAUAUCAAUCGGCGUAUUCGUGCGCAUGUAAACAGGCUCAUUGAUGCUGUGAGUAGCUUCUCUUUUCUUAAACAACCAUCAGUUUGACAGAGAGCAUAAAGACUGAACUUUGUUUCAAUCGAAAAAGGUCAUGUGGUCUGAUGAGUCCAGAUUGACCCUGUUUCAGACUAAUGGGCACAUCAGGGUGAGAAGAGAGGUGGAUGAAGUGAUUACCCAUGAUGCCGGUUGCCUACAGUACAGGCCAGUGGGAGUAGUGUUAUCAUCUGAGGUUUCUUCAGUUGGUCAGGUCUAGGUUCAGCAACAUUAUGUGUUCAUAAAAUGACAGUGAUAAAUGUUGUGAUGUUGCAUAAGUUCGCCAAAACAAUGUAACAGUAUGAAUGAAUGUGUGCUGUAAUCAAAGCUAAAGAUGGUCCAUUGAAACUUUAAAGUGUAGGAUGUAUUUUGGCCAGGAUGUGUGUUUAUUUUGACCAUAAUGUACAAGUUUUGUCUACCACUUUAACUCCAGUCAGUUAAAAGGAUAUCACUUGUUUUUAGGUACUUGUAAAGUACAAAGGUACAGUUUUUAUUUUCUGUUUAAGGUUACAAAGUUCAUUAUGGUUAUUUGAAUUAUAUAAAAGAAUAUAUAUGUCAGUAUUUUUUUUUUUUAUUGUAUGAAAGGAAGCACAUUGUGUCUCCUUAUUAAUGACUAUCAUUUUCAUGUUUAAGGGAUGAGAGUUUUCAGACUGUUCUCUACUUUACAUGGUUGAUGGUUUUAAGUAUUUAACUUUACCAGUGUCAAGAUAUUUUAUUCUAACUGGAGUAGUGUCACACAGAGCAGUUCCAGUCAAACCUGUAAUCAUGAAAUCUUUUCCCAGAGAGUUAUAUAGACAAAUUGCACUAUUGAUCUGAGAGAUAAAGGAUUGUAAUGAUGCAAAAAGUAAACAUAAAUGUAUAAAUGCAUAUCAAAUGUAUGGGAAAUACUAUUUUAUAAACUCUGAUUUUUAAUGUGCC